UCCGUAGUUGGUAGCCUCGUGGCAGUAAGAGCAUUUAGUUUUCUUGACAACUGGAACAAUGAAUACUUACUGCAUUACCAUUGCCCUGUGCCUGAUUCCACUCUCUGGGGGAAGUGACAGCGGGAUAGUUGGGGGAAAAAUUGCAAAACCUCACUCAAGAAAAUACAUGGCCUCACUCCAGACUGACGGGAGUCAUUUCUGUGGAGGAUUUCUGAUCCGAGACAACUUUGUGGUAACUGCAGCACACUGUAAACGUGAUAAGACAGUGAUUGUUCUGGGAGCACAUAAUAUAACUAAACCGGAAAAAAGUCAGCAGAAGAUUCAAGUGAAAAAAUAUUUCCCUCAUCCAAAAUAUGAUGAAAAAUUUGACUUUGAUAUAAUGCUUCUGGAGCUAAAACAAAAAGCUCAACUAAAUGAGUUUGUUCAAACUAUUGGUCUACCAAAAAAAGACAAAACUGUCAAAGCCCACACAGAAUGUACUGUGACUGGCUGGGGCAGAAUGCAACCCACCCAAAACAGCGCUGUUUCUGAUGUGCUUCGAGAGGCACAGGAGAAGAUUCAGUUCAAUUUUGAAUGCAAGAAAAUUUGGGAAGAGCACUUCAACACAAAACACAUGAUCUGCACUAAAUUCAACAAGAAUGGAGGAAGCAUGUGCCAGGGUGAUUCUGGAGGACCUCUGAUCUGCAAAAACAAGCCUCUGGGUAUUAGUGCAUUUACCAGUGACAAUGACUGCACUGAUCCUAAAUAUCCUCAUUCCUACACUAAGAUUUCCAGUUUCCUUCCCUGGAUUGAACACAUCACAGGGGGACUGGGUAAUGAAAGCAAGCCUUCGGAUAGUAAAUAUUACAAUCAUCAUUUCAAUUAAAAACUAACAAUGUAUUGAAAAGAUCUUUAUAC